GACUAGGGCUUCCAUCUGCACCGGAAGUCGGGAUGAAUUUGAAGAAUCGACGCGGUGAAGUGUGCGGCCGCAAGCUCCAACAGCUUUGUUGUGUUUAUCUGAAACUUUUACAUAAUGUCAUCAACAUUUAGAUGAUAUGCCGUAUAUAUGAAUUACGCUAUCAGGAAAAAAGUUGGCUGUAGAUGACCACAUUUGCUCAAUUACAUCAUCUUCUUCUUUCUGGCUAGUUAGCUAGCAAGCUAAAAAUGCGCAGAAAUCAUGUCACGCCUGCAAAAUCGCAAGCGUCUUGACGUCUGUGAUUAACUUAAAUAGUCACCAGAGAGGUGUACCAGAGUUUUCCGUGCCGAAAUCGCAUCACUUUUCUCUCGUCAUGGCCAGUGUACACGAGAGUUUGUAUUUCAACCCCAUGAUGACUAAUGGGGUGGUGCACGCAAACGUCUUUGGGAUCAAAGACUGGGUCACCCCAUACAAAAUUUCAGUUUUGGCUUUACUCUACGAAAUGAUCACUGCAAAACCAAUGGGACUUUUGGAAAGACGGCGCUUGAACAAACUGAUCCUUCCUCUGCAGCAGCCGUUUCUAUUUCAGGGUCCAGACCUUACCCUUAAACAGUUUCUGAUGAUUGUGGAGUUGUGUUGUCCUGAAACAAGUUUCGAGCUCAGAUGCAGGUUGUAUCAGAUGGCAGACGGUGAGCUGAAAGACAUGGAGCAUUUCUUCUCCACUCUGCCAAACCCUUUCAGCGACUCUGAAGUCUGCAAGACCAGUGUAGUAGGUUUGUUCAUGCGACACAUGCUUCUGGCCUACAACAAGCUGUCGUUCAGCCAGGUGUUUAAGCUCUAUAAGUCGCUGCAGCAGUACUGCAACAAGGACCGCUGGGUGUCGCCCGGCACGGGGCCCAAAACCGAGCUGCCGUCCAGCAUCAAUGAGGACACCAUGGAAAUGACCGGUGCUGAGGACACCUCAGUGGACAGGGGGGACGCCAUGGCCAUGGACAGGGACAGAGACAGAGACGAGACAGAUGCUGGCCCACUGCACCACUCGGAGUUGUGUGGCCAUGACACCACAGGUCCGCUCUCACAGAAGCAAGCCGAGUACUUCUUUGCCAGACAGGCGUACCUGUUGAAGAAUGACGAAAACAAGGCCAUGACACCAGCCAUCCUGCAAAAUGAGCUCAAUAACAUCCUCAAGUUCAACCCAGACUUUGCCGAGGCGCACUACCUGAGCUACCUGAACAGCAUGCGCGUGCAGGACAUCUACAUCUCCACCCACAGCCUGCUGCACUACUUCGACCGGCUCAUCCUGUCGGUGGGCGAGGGCAAGAGCAACGGGGACGAGGGCUACGGCCGCAGCCUGCGCUACGCCAUCCUGAACCUGGCCACGCUGCACUGCCGCUUCGGACACUACCAGCAAGCUGACUUGGCUCUGCAGGAAGCCAUCCGGAUAGCUCAGGAGUCCAAUGACCACGUGUGCCUUCAACACUGUUUGAGUUGGCUCUAUACAGUGGAGCACAUGAGAGGAUCAGACAGUCUGGUGCUCACAGAGGACUCUGUCAAGAUGGCUUCCCACUUCUGCCUCCCGUACUUGGCCUCUCUGGGCAUUCAGUCCCUUGUCCAGCAGGGGGCGACACAGGGCGUGACUGCCGACAAGCUGCUGGACGCCCUGCGCAGCACCGACAUGGUCCACUGGAAGCAGAGCCUGUCCGAGCUCAUCGAGAUCAGCCUGGCCCAGACCACAUCCAUCUGGAGGAUGUACGGCAAGAGCACGAUGGCUUGGCAGCAGGCGCAGGUCCUGCUGAACAUGAACAGCCUGGAGCCCGUCAACUUUGGCGUGCAGCAGAACAACACGGAGGCCUUCGCGGUGGCCCUCUGCCACCUGGCCGAACUGCACGCCGAGCAGGGUCUGUACGGAGCUGUGAGUGACAUCAUGACGCACCUGAAGCAGCAGUUCCCUCCUCACACGCAGCAUGCCAAGCUCUGGAUGCUGUGUGACCUGAAGAUUCAGUUUGAGCGGGCAAUGCAUGAUGGGAAAUACCACCUGGCAGAGCCUCUCAUCACAGCCAUCGCAGCGCUCAACACCACCGAGGGACUCUAUAGGAAGGCGUUGCUCCUGAAAGCACUUAAUCAGACGUCUGAAGCCUCCAAGAUCCUGCAGCGUCUUCAGCAACUCUGCGAGAAGAAAAAGAGCACAGAGAUGUUCAUCAGGGUCUUGCUGGCCACGGCUGAGCUGCACUGGGACUCGUGUGGUUUCUCCACGGCCCUCCCUCUCCUCCUGCAGGCCCUAACUCUGUCCCGCCAACACAACCUGCAGAGUCUGGCCUCGGAGACCGUGCUUCACCUCGCCUUCACACAGUUGAUGCUGGGGACCCCGGAGCAGUCGCUAGCUCUGCUGGAGGACGUGCUGGAGUCCAUCCUGGCCCACGGCUCCCUGAUGGAGAAGGGCCGCGCCCUGCUACUGGUGGCUCGGUGCCAGGUGGCCCUGGCUGGGGCCGCCGCCGAGGAGGACAAGCUAGCAGGGCUGGAGAAGGCGGUGGAGACGCUGGAGGAGGCUGCGGUGUACUUCUCGCGGCUAGACUGCGGCGAGCGCCUGCGGGACAUCUACUACCUGCAGGCCCGCCUGCACCACUCCCUCGGACACGCCGCCCAGCGCAACAAGUUCGCCAUGCUCUUCCGCCUCCUGGACCAGGAGCUCCCGUUGUCAGGGGCGACGGUGAUGACCAACAUCUAGACAACAGGAAGGAGGCCGAGGGAGCCAGGGGUUCUCCUGUUUGAACUUUUGAUAACACGUUUUUUAAAUGUUUACAUGUUAGCCACCAAUACAUGCCUAUCUGUUUAUAUAAGUGACUUAUAAGACACAUGUUAAGCAAAAUCAAUGAUUUGUUAGGCGUGUAUUCACAAAUGUCUUGUUCUUUUCUAAUAAGAGCCAUAUUAUUGUUAUACCUGCAAUAUCAACAUAGUAGGCCCUUGAUUUUGCCAAGGGCAUUUUGUAAGUCACUUUUGCAGAUAGCAAUUAGGCAUGUGUGAAGGCUAGCAUGAGAACGGUAAAAUAAAGUGUCACCGAAUAUUGGAGAUGAAGAUGGUGUUGUAUUCUUACCAACCUUUCCAUCUUACAUCAGAAAUUGCUGCUUCAGAUGGUCAAGGUGCCUGCCAUGCUCUGAUGGAAAACAAAAACCUAAACCAGGUGUUUUCCCUACAAUUCAAACCUCCAACAGUCUGAACUCUUAAGAAAUUAAGUCACAGCCUUUAAUAUGCCAUAUGUUUUUUGGCUGUUGAUGUAGCUAAUGUCAAUUAAAAUAUUUUUGUUUGUA